AGGAAAGUUUCGACUUUCGCGCCGCGCUCUUCGAUUGACUUCCUAACCUGUCCUAACCUCGAAACGACGACGACGGCGGCGGCGGUGAUGAGCGAGAAAGACGUGGCUCGAAGGCGUCCCACGACAAUGAGCCACAUCGUGAUCGUGCGCGCCUUCAAGCCGGGCGACGAGGUCGGCUGCACGGAGCUCAUCAGAGACUGCGUCAUGUCUUCCCUGGGCACGACGUUCCGCGGGAUGCUGUUCAAGGAGAUCACGUUCCAGCUGUUAAUCAUGCUGUCGGCGAUCAUGUUUAUUUUCUUCGGCCUGCCGCUCACCGUCUGCCUCUCGGUCGUGCCCGUGGUCGUCGCGCUCACGUACGCCGGCACAUACGUCAGUUUCGCCGCGAAGAUGACGGAGAUCAACGGCGAGGUGACGAAUAUCCCGAGGCUCUACAUGUCCAACGCCUUCUCCUGCUUCUGGGUCGCCGAGGCAUUCGAGCCUUACCUGACGAUGCGGCGUCCCGAGGAGGCCCGUUACACCAUAAUGACGGAGAAACAGUUCUCCCAGGUCAACCUGGACGCCUCUUUGCAGGCGAGGAAGAUAGUGGGGACCGUCGGCCUGUGCAAGAGCCACCGGCUCGACAGGAGCGCGUGGAUCAAGAGGCUGUGCGUGCACGAGCGAUAUCGGCGUAAAGGUAUAGCCGCGUGCCUGCUCAACGAAGCCGUGCAAUUCGCGAUCGACGCGGGGUACAGCUGCGCCAAUAUCGUAGCCUCCGAGUACACCGAGGAGGGUAGGGAGUUGUGCUUUAAAAAGGGAUUCGAGCUUAAGCAGAUGUACCACAAGUCCAUCCUGGGGCCGCAUCUGACAAUAUUAAUGUACGAGUUAACGUAUCGGAUCAAGCCCACCGAGGACGAUUACGCGCCCAAGAUGGACUUCGUGAAGGAGUUUUUGAAUCAAUUCUAACGAUGCAUUUCUCGUGGUACGCCAACGCGAGGUGGCGAGACUCUCUUGAGAAACGAAUGAGACUGAUCGAUCGAUAACUGUGUUCCCGUUAAACAAAGUGCCUGCACCAAAUAAUAAUUUUUACCCGAAUAAUACGCUUAAUGUCGAAUUUUACAUUAACGACGGUAGGAAGGGUGUUGUUUUCUACGAAAUGUUUGCUGGGUGUUCCAAAUGUUGUUAUGUAUGUUGCAGAGAGAACUAUAAACUUAUAUAUAGACCAGCGGAAAUAAAAGUAUAUUUUUCUCAUGCGCU